UAUUAAACACUCCGCUAUGUGGCAAACUGGCAACGCAGUAUUUGAUUAAUUACCAAUUUAUGUUUCUGUUAUUCAGGUAUUGAGCUUGCCUGUCUAAUGGGAGGAUUGAAGUAUGUAAUUUUUUGGAGUGGUUUAAGGACCUUCUGCUUCUAUAUAUAUAACAAGGUUUACCCGCUGUUAUGGCAAAAAAUGUGCAGAACAAAGCUCUUUGAAUAGUGCCAUAAUCGACCUUUAUUUUGUGCCUUAAAUUGAAAAAAUGAACUUGGAUGAAUUCCUGAAAGGUCUCGAAACGAGUGAGGAAACUUCAAAGACUAAACCCGAAGAUGACGUAAUUGAAAAAACAAAAUGUUCAUUAGAAUCGUCUGAUGAUGGAGCCUCGUUUCCACUUUUGGUGAAAAAGCCUGUUGUGGAACCUGAAGUUGGUGCUGUGAAUGGGGAAGUCAAGAACUUUAAGUAUUGGUACGAGUUGCAGAAAACACACGUGGCUGAGAAGAACACACUGCCUUCAAAAGAAACAAUCGAAAAAGAAAGAAUUGCUAUUGAGUAUGAGGAAACACGACGGACCAAUCCUCAUAUGGGACAAUACAGGAAGUUUUUAAAAUACUUUAAAGACGAUAAUCGUGACGAGAUGAAAGAUUUAAAGCCAUCUCAACUAAGAGAAUAA